CCGUCUUUGAGCUUUACCACAACACACAAUGCGACCAUGAGCCCCCUGGACGCCCGGAGCGGGGUAACGCUGGGCGUGUUUGCGAUCGCAAACGCGCUCGUCAUCCGGCCGCUGAGAAUACCGCUGCCGUCGGCGCUGCGGCGCGUAGCAGCUCGCAUCGCGCGUAUACUGGGCCGUAGUGAUACCCCGACACACGCGACCCUCGGCCUUGCGUCUGCGCCCGUCGUCGCUGUCCUCCUCCUCCUCGCGAGCACGUGUAUCCCCCCGUCUGUGGUGCGCGCGGGCUUUGUCGGGCGCGAUGGCGUGCGGCCGUGGGACGUCAUGGUGCUCUUCACGAGCUUUGCGUACAUCUCCCUCUCGCUAGACCAUACCGGCCUGCUGCGCUACCUCGCGCUGCACGUCGCCUCGCGCGCGACCUCCCCCGCAAAGCUAUACGCGUCGCUGUACCUCCUCUUCCUCGCGCUCGCCCUCGGCGUGGGCAACGACCCCGUCGUGCUGAGCGGCACGCCGUUCGUGGCGUACUUCGCCGCGAGCACCGGGCUGCCGCCACACGCGUUCGCGUUCGCCCAGUUCCAGGCGGCCAACCUCGCGUGCGCGCUGCUCGUGUCGAGUAACCCCACCAACCUGGUGCUCACGGCAAGCUUCCACCUCAGCUUUCUCCAGUUCUCCGCGUGGACCGCGCUGCCCACGGUCGCUGCCGGACUAGCGCUGCUCCCGGUGCUCAUGGGCACCGCGGGGCGUAGCCUGCCAAAGCGUAUCGACAAGGUCGACGUGCAGCCGCGCGCGGCGCUCGUGGACCCCGUCGGCGCGGCGUUCGGCGCGUCCGUGUUCGUCGUUACGAUCGUGCUGCUCGUCGCCCUCAGCGCUGUCGGGAUACUCGAGCACGGCGCCGCGGGCGUGUGGUGCGUCACUGCGCCUGCUGCGCUGCUGGUUCUUGCGCGCGACGUGGCGUACGACUUGGGCUGGGGGCGGCCGGGGGCGGCGGCGGCCAGCGGGGAAUCGGGGGAGAAGGAGAGGGCCAGCGGCGCGCUGGGGUCCAGCGAUUCGAGCGAGAAGGACAGUACCGCGCCCGCUGUCGUGUCUGGCAGGCUCGACGCCGAGGCACGCGACAAGCUAGACGGCGAGGCCGACGCCGCCGUCGGCACGACCGACACCCCAACACCGGCAUCACCAACCCCACCACCCACCCCACCCCACCCGCUCCGCGCCAUCCGCGCCGCGCUCCCAACAACAAGCACCACGCUCGCGGCCCUCCCGCUCCCCCUCCUCCCGUUCGCGUUCAGCAUGUUCAUCCUCGUCGAGGCGCUGGAUCACACGGGCUGGGUGGGGGUGUGGAGCGGGUGGUGGGGCGCGUGGGCGCGCGCGAGCGGCGCGGCGGGGUGUAUCUUUCUCAUGGGGGUCGUGAGCGUCAUCGGGUGUAAUCUCUUCGGCACGAAUAUCGGCGCGACAGUCCUCCUCUCGCGCAUCCUCACGCGCUGGAUCGCCGCGGCUCACCCCUCCCCGCGGGCACGGUACGGCAGCGUGCUGGCACUGGCCGUGGGGUCCAACUUUGGCGCCUACUCGUUUGUCUUCCCCGCGUCCCUCGCUGGUCUAUUGUGGCGCCACAUCCUCGCCGAGAAGCAGCUGCACGUCUUGCCCCUCGAGUUUGCGCGGCGCAAUGCGCUGCCGUUGGGCGUGACGCUUGCCGUGGGUUGUCUCGUUGUCGCGGCGGAGGUGUGCGUCAUGUUCAAGUAG